GCAGUACUUCACGGCGCGCACCUCGCUGGCUCGCAGGCCGCGACGGGAUCAGGUGGGGGCCGGGUGCUGCUGGCGGCCGGCGGGGGGCAGCCGUUGGGACUCCGCCCCUCCCCGGUGAGUUGCCUUGUCGAGAGUUGGUGGGCAGCUCCACUUCUCAUCACUUAGAAACUGCUCCCUUCUCGGCCGGGGGACGACCAGCUCAACCGUGUGUCCACUCUCAGCUCACGGUGAAGCCCUGAUUCCAGCGCCUCGGUAUCAGGCAUCAAGGCCUCCUUCUCUCAGUCACAAGACCGGUUGAUCCGGGGGAAGCAGCUACGUGGCUUGGGGUAGACCAGGAAUGGGCAUCAUUCACCUGUGACUAAGGCCGAGACUGUACAGUCUGGACUAGCACCUCGAUUUUCCCCUUCGGGCGCUCCCACCCCCUCCCUGGAGGACCAGGGGGAGGAAGUGGCGGAGUGCUCACCGGGAGUCCAAAAGUGUGUUAAGGAAAAGGGAGAGGCCAGGAAGAUCCGGUCUUUUCAUUAGCACUCCUGGUUGGAGCCAGCUGAGCCACCACUCCUGCUGGCCCUAGCCCGUCUCUAGCCGCUAGAAUGUGGAGGAUUCCAGUCCCCCUCUGGGGUGGACAUGGAGAAAGGGGAUUUGGGAAUAGAUAGAAGGAAGUCUUGUUUCCGAGGAAAAACAUUAAGAAGCACUUUACCCUCCUUACUCUCAAGAGGUGGGUAGGGCUGUAUAGUAAAAUGCCAUGAGAGGGGUUGAGAGAGAUCAGGAUUACUAAUCCAGGACUGUAAAAUGUGAAGCUGUCCCUGGGUUGUUGAAAUUGAUGCCAGGGCAGCUGAGCCUCUCAAAAUGUCCUUGUAGUUAUUGGGUGCUCACAAGUUAAUUCCGACUCUUAGCGACCUCGUGCGACAGAGUAGAACUGUCUGAUAGAGCUUCUUUUGGCUAUAGUCUUUAUAGAAGCAGUUUACCGCGUCUUUCUUCCACAUAGCCACUGGGUAGAUUUGAACUGCCAAACUUUUAGUUAGCAGCUGAGCACUUAACUGUUGUGCCACCAGGGCUCUAUCACAGUCUCCUAGGUGUGUCUCCAUUAUCAGAGACCUCUCUGUGGUGUGCUAGGGUGUUAACUAUCAGGCUCAGAUAACUGCCCUGGGUCUGGGACCUGUCAGGGAAGCAUCCAGACCAGGGUAUUAGGAAAGAGAGAUGGGGACUAUGAGACUCACUACACCUGGCAGAACUGGGGCAGAAUCCCUUACGUGAGCCAGGAAAAGAGUGUCGUGGAUGUUUUUGGUGAAAUUUUACAAAAGGAGUGAUACUCAGCAGUCUGAAAAGAGCCCAGGGUCUUUUAUGAGGCUUGAGUGUGGACCUUAGGGAUUGUCCCUAUGUCACUCAGCCCUGAGCCAUUUUCCAUUGUGAAAAAGUGGGAAAACCACAGUGAACUAACUCAUUGAAAAAGAAGCCAGGGAGUCCGAAAGUGGUAUUUAAAAAAUAACGAGCUGUCACUAUGGAGGGUAGCAGAGGAGAGGGUGGGUCGCUAUGGUGCAAGGAAAGGAAAACUUCCUACUGUGCAUCCCUCCAGGACAGCUGUUGGAAUACUCCUCCAGUGAGUGGCUUUGGAAAAGGAAAAAGAAACUCUUCCUCUAGAAUUCUGGCAGGAGAGUGCUGUCCUUCCAGCCCAAGGCCCUUGUUUUACAAGUGAGAAUAAUGAGAGAGGUCCACCUGGAGAAGGGAAAGGACUGGAACUGAGAUCACUGUGGUGACCUGGAAAGGGAAGAUGGAGGAGCAAGGUUUCUAAUUCCCAGGGUGGCACUCAGAGCUGCCUCAUGGAAGGGGAGUAAGCUGGCACUAUUUCUGGGCCCUCUCAGUUCUAUAAACAGAAUAUUAUUGUUUUUUGCCCUGACACUAGAGUCUGUUCAGUGUUCUUCCUACUCCUGACCCUAGUAUUCCUACAUCCAGGUUCUCCUUCCUGUCAGGGCACUCCUUCCUGUCCCAAGCCUUCUCCCUGGGCCUGAACAAACAUUUCUACCCUUUAUGCCCAUCAUCCAGUCCUCAUUUUACUCCCCAGGCCCCCAUUUUCCAGGGUUCCCACCAUUUGUUAUGACUAGCCUGAUAAGGUUACUCACUGUCCCCAACAAAGUUUCUGCUGGAUUUUUCACUCCUGGGUGCUCUUCUCCAUCCAGACCUUUGGAAACAUGGGGAACCAAAAGGGCUUCCAUUCCCACCUUUUCCCCAAUACUUUUUUUCCUCUUUGAGGCCCCAGCCUCAGUCCUCAGCCCCAUUAACUAGCUGGCUGCUGAACAGUAGCAGGUUCUUGGUGACUAGCAUAAUGCUAAAAGGCCAUGGAGGACUCCAUCUUCCCUCCAUCUGUUCUCACUUGUCUCCAUUGAUGGUUUAAUCCCCUUAGGGAGCUUCAGGGCAUCAGGCAGGGAGAAACCCGGCUGUCCUGGACUCAGAGCUGGGCACAGGUCAUUCUGCAGGAAACCCUGUGAUAGGAAGUCCCUUGGAAUAAGGCAUCGAUGGGUGGUGAUUUCAGCUGUGUCUGUGACAACUCCUUUCUAGCUGACAUCAACAGGAAGUAAGAGUGAUGCAGUGGGGCCAAGGGAGUUUGGUAGAAGUCAGUUAAUUGAGAGCCCAGGCCCUGGCCCACACUCCACCUUCUGGCAGGAAUCCAGUCCUUCUUUAAACCUUAAACCAAAAAUAUCCCCUGAAGUCUUAAAUCCAAACAGUAGUUUAGCUUAACCAGUAAAGGUGCAUUUGAGUUAUGGAGUUGGUGAAGAAUAUUGAAUAUACCAUUACUGUCAGAAGAAUGAACAAAACUGUCUUAGAAGAAGUAUAGCCAGAAUGCUCUUUAGAAGUGAAGAUGGCGAAAUUGUGUCUCAUAUACUUUGGACAUAUUUUCAGGAGGGGCCAGUCCCUGGAGAAGGACCUCAUGCUUGGUAAAGUGGAGGGUCUGUGAAAAAGAAGAAGACACUCAACAAGAUGGAUUGAUACUGGCUGCAACAUUGGGCUCAAACAGCAACGAUUGAUGAGCCCGUGGAGUGGGAGACACCUGACCUUUCUCAGGCUGAGAUUGAGCAGAAGAUCAAGGAGUACAACAGCCAGAUCAAUAGCAACCUCUUUAUGAGCUUGAACAAGGACGGUUCCUACACAGGCUUCAUCAAGGUUCAGCUGAAGCUGGUGCGCCCUGUCUCAGUGCCUGCCAGCAAGAAGCCACCCUCCCUGCAGGAUGCCCGACGUAGCCCAGUGCGGGGCACUGCUGUGAGGCGUCGCACCUCCUUCUACCUGCCUAAGGAUGCUGUCAAACACCUGCACGUGCUGUCACGCACACGAGCACGUGAGGUCAUUGAGGCCCUGCUGCGCAAGUUCUUGGUAGUGGAUGACCCCCGCAAGUUUGCACUUUUUGAGCGGGCAGAGCGCCACGGCCAAGUGUAUCUGCGGAAGCUGUCGGAUGAUGAACAGCCCCUGCGGCUGCGGCUCCUUGCAGGACCCAGUGAGAAGGCCCUGAGCUUUGUCCUAAAGGAGAACGACUCUGGGGAGGUGAAUUGGGAUGCCUUCAGCAUGCCGGAACUACACAACUUUCUGCGCAUCCUGCAGCGAGAGGAGGAGGAGCACCUUCGCCAGAUCCUGCAGAAGUACUCCUGUUGCCGCCAGAAGAUCCAGGAGGCUCUGCAUGCCUGCCCUCUGGGGUGACCUUGUCCACCUCAGAGGGUGGAAGGAGGAGAGUAGGCAGCACCAAGGGCAUGCCGUGUGAAUGUGACAUGGCCCGUGGGGCCUGAGGAGUGAGUGUGCGUGGGGUUUCUCCCCUGUUGGGGGUACGAGCCCAGAGAACAGCUAAGGAGCUGACCUGUGUCCGUCAGUGGGUGCAGCAGAGUAUGACUCUGCACCCCUUUGCCCUUCAUGCACUGAGUCAUGGUGGGCCAGGGCUUCCCUGGAAAGCUGCUUCAGGCUUCUGGCAGGAGUGGAGUAGACAGAAGUCUCCCUAAUUCAUGGCUCUGAUGUGAGAAUCAUGGAAACCCUACAAGAGGAACAAGGGCGUGUUUGUAGGGGUGAGAGCCCUCAUAUAUGGGGAAAGGUUGUAUGUUUUGGGUAUUGGAUGGGUUCAGAAGACAUCCUAGAGAGCCAAGGGUGGGUGCUCAGGAUAAGGCAGGCAUCGAGGGAGAAUAUAUUCCCUCUAGACUGCCCUCUGACCCCUCAUACACCCUGGGGUCAGUGAACACUGUCUCACAGUGCAGCAACAGUGCCUCAGUGCCUCCUCUGAGGAGGAAGUCCCUGGGCCAGGGCCCAUGCAAGUGUGGGCACUGCCCAGGUCUGUGCCUUGUUUGCCAACUAAAGUCAGGGUCUCUCCAGUAUUUUUGAUGAUGUGUGCGAAUGUGUAUAAUGUUUUGUGGCCUCAGCUGAAUGCCUUCUGUGGGGUGAAAGGGGUGGGGGUGUCAGUCAUCAUGGCCUGGGGCCUGAGAGAAUUGACUGAAUAAAGGUUUGAGAAUA